ACGGAUCCUCAGUUCGCAUUCGGAGGCCCUGCGAGCUACAUCUCUUUGAGAAGGAAAAGAAAGAGUCGACGGGAGCUUUCAAGUUUCCCCCUCCACGGGAUCCGCGGCAAAGAUUCUUCGAUCCGAAAAAGUGCCAAGUUUCUCUCGCACGUACUCUCUCUGUCAUCGGUAUAUACAUAUACACAUAUACGUAAUCGUCUUUCGUUUUCACGGUGAUCUCUACACGUGACAAGCUGAGCAUCGAAGAGGCUCGAAGGCAAGAGAGCGGCGUGCUUGUUCGACGCGAGAGGAGAUAUAUUUCGUUUAUUCGAUCGUUUGAAUUGGUUGAUUUCGCGAAUUUGAUUCGCGUCCUUGUUCAUCUCCUCGUACGCUUGAGAGAAUUGAAACGGGUGUGCUUCCAAUGUAAAUCUACAAGAGCGUAUCGUCGGAGUGGCAGUUUUUGUGUUAUCGAAGUUGGUAUUCGUAUUACCGCGGUUUUUUUUCACGAUUAUCACGUACGCUGUUCUGCUCUAAAGAAGAGAGUAAAGAAGAAAAACAAGGCUUAGCUACGGCCGGAUCGCAACUACGUUAAAACUAGCUCCAGUGUGUUUUUGUGCGAAAUCGAGAGAACAUGUCGACUGCCGUCAUGAGCACCCCUAUGUUCGACUGUAGCAGCGAGCACAUAUUUAAGAACGCAUCUGCGAAGGCGAAGGAAGCGACAUCGGGAUCCGCGACAAACACCUCGAGCAACGGUUCGAGCGGGAACAAUGGGGGACACGCGCCACUUCGCCGCUACACAUCCCUGGUAACAACCCUGAUCGAGCAGCACCGUAAACUGGAUCGCAGCGCGAGCGAGCCGACCUCCCGGUACAAGACCGAGUUGUGCAGGCCGUUCGAGGAGAGCGGCACCUGCAAAUACGGCGACAAGUGUCAGUUCGCUCACGGGUACAGCGAGUUGCGCAACCUCGCCCGCCACCCCAAAUACAAGACCGAGCUGUGCCGCACGUUUCACACGAUCGGUUUCUGCCCGUACGGGCCCCGUUGCCAUUUCAUCCACAACUUCGAGGAGGCACGGAUCCACAAUCAGAAAGUGAGCGCCCAACUGGGUUCCACCCAGCCCAACAUAAUAAGCCUGAACCCGUUGUUGAGCGCAGCGGCGGCCGCGGCCGUGGCCGCCGGUGGAAACGGGUGCAACGGAUCCAACGUGAACUCGAGCAGCAACGUCUCGUUGCUCGAGCAGAUCGUCGCCUCCCCCCAGGUGACGGCGAUCGCCGCCGCGGCCACCACCCCCAACCUGAUGAGAACCAACUCGUUGAGCCUGUGCAACUCGGGCAACGUGUACAACCCACCGCCAUUGCUCAGAACCAACUCGUUGAGCUUGACGACCAGCCAACACCAUCACCACCACCACCACCAUCACCACCAUCACCAGACCGGUUCCACGAGCGCGAGCUCGGUGAUCGGCGCCACCAGGCCCAAGCCGUUGAAUCUCAGCCCGACCUUCUCGCUCGGCAGCACCGGGGACUCGAUUUCACCUUCGUCCAGCCUCAGCCAGUCGCCCACCAACUCGAUGGCGAGUUUCUUCAGCGACGACUGUAACCAACAACCGUCCGUGACCAGCCUGCCCACCACGCCGUUCAGCUUCGGCCAGGAUUUCGGCCUUCUCGCGACCAGGCAGAGCCCCAGUCCGCGAACCAACAGCGUUUGCAGCCCGUUGGGCUCGGACGAGCUCGCGCCAAGGACACCGUCCCCGUUGUCGCCCAACGCCGAGUCCAGGCUCCCCGUGUUCAACAGGAUCAGCAGCACUCUCGCCGACUUCGACAAUCUUAAGAUCUAAAGGGGGCGCUCUUCUUUCCGACUCCUGGGUCCUUCCACUCUUUGGUAUUUUAUUCUUUUUGUUUUCUUCUUCUUCUUCUUCUUCUUCUUUUAUUACUAUUACUUUUACCACUGCUUCUUCUUUUUCUUCUUCUUUCUUUAUUUCUUUCUUCUUUUCUUUCUUUCCUCGCAAUCUUUUUAAGAGAUGUAUACGCGGAUGUGAUUUCGAGCAACACGUGCGAAGGAAGAACAAGAGAGAGGACAAACAAAGAGCGUUGGACCCGAAAAAAAAUAUAUAUUACUCUAAUUUAAUGAUAUGGAUGAAAAAGACAGGAGAAAAUGUGUUUAAGGGAGAGGGACACGGACUCUUCCACCGACUUGAAGAGGUUUUUUUUUUCUUUUUUCGUCUUCUUCUUCUUCUUCUUCUUCUUCUUUUUAUUCUUUUUACACGCGCGCGCGCGCGCGCGCGCUCAUAUACACACACAUACAUACACACACAUAAAUAUAUAUAUAUAUAUAUAUUUUUUUAACAUUUAAACUGCAUUUCUCGCGUUGUAGACGGAUUCUUUUCCUCUCCGUCAGCUUCUUAUUUAAGCGUUUCUUUUCUUUUCGUAGGAAAUCGUUAGGCAUCUUACUCUCGUUCUUUAAAAAAAAAAAACGAUCAUCUCUUCCUUUUUUUAUUCAUAAUCGUCACGAUUAUUAUAUUAUUAUAUUAUUAUAUAUAUAUAUAUUAUUAUUAUUAUUAUUAUCGCUACAAUUUAAUAUUAAUUAUUAACGUUAUCAUUAAUAUCACUAUCGAUAUUGAAUAUCGUUAUAUUAAUCUUAAUUAAUAGCGUCAGAUCAUUUUCUGACCAACGGAGCCGUUUUCAUCUCCUUUUUCUUCCCUCCACCCCCUCCCUCCCUCCCUCCCUUCCAUUAUCAUUAUCGUCAUCGUCUCAUCGUUUCAUCGUUUCAUCAUUAUCAUUAUCGUCAUCGUCAUCAUCCUUUUUUUAUUUCUCUUCUACUUUUAAGUUUUACGCUCGUUUAACGGAAAGGACGAGAUGAUAUCAGCCCGGAUGUCUCGACCUGCUCGUGGGAAUCCUUGAUAUAUACGCGAUUCAACCAUGGAGAAAGGGAAAAAUACGGGGGAAAAAAAAAACGUAAAAAGGAAAAAAAAAAAAAGAAAUUUUAAGAUUUUAAGAUCCGAGAGAUAGAAAAAUAGAAUCGUAAUGUAAAAUGAUAUAAAUCGUGUAGUAUGCGUAGUAGAAACGUAUCGAGAAACGAAGAACAAGGCGAAUGGAAACAGGUCGGAACGAGAGGGACGGAGUCGUCCAAGCCUCUACCGAAUUGUGUGACUUCCUUCGAGAAAGUUGUUCUUUGAUCUCUCUUGGACCCAUAACCCCGUGAUCUCGUCUCGUUUCCAUCGUCGUCCAUCCGCUUUGUCCGUUCGCUCUUCCAUUUUCUGUCUCCAUCGUGCACACGCACACGCACACGCACGCGCGCAAGGAUACUCACGGGAACGAAGCGUUAAUAUAUAUAUAUAUAUUUUUUUUUUUUUCAAUUUCGAUCCGGGGCAGGUGAAACGUUGCAAUAUUCCAAAAUGAUAUUUUUUUUCUUUUCUUUUUUUUUUUUUUUUUUUUGUCUUAACUCUUUCGUUUUAUCCUUUAUAUAUAAUAAUGUUCGCGUUUUUUCCCCUCCGGGAUUAUUCCUCCCCUCCCCCUCUCCUUCAUGUUGCGAAAGGACGAGGGAGGGGAAAGUUGUAUUUCGAGAGUGAAAGGGAGACGAGAGCAAGACGCAUGCGAGAGAGAGAGAGAGAGAGAGACAGAGAGAAAGAACGGAUCGAGAGGAAGAGAGAAAGAGAAGUAGAAAGAGUCGCAGGCAUAUAUAUAACGUAUAUGUAUAUUUAUACAGAAACGAGUUUUCGUCGUUCGCGUUGGUAUUGAAGUGAUCGAAGUGACGAAACGCGCGAAAAACGGAUCAAAGAUCAUGCUAUGCAGAUUUAAAGUGGCUUAAGAACUCCGAUUGUCUUCCAAUGUUAGAACGAGUAAGGGAUUCGUUUGCAUGGGUGUAUGGGUUUGUGCGUACGAGUUACUUGGACACGGAGCGAAUGAGGAAGGGAGAGGGGAGGUGGUGAGAGCAACGGUGGACGAGCAAAAAGGAAAGAUAAUGAGAGAAAGUGAUGCGUUUGUAUGUGUUACGUGUGUAUGUGGAAAUUACGUGUCCGGGAGACGAACUUGUGUCCAUGGGAUGAACGAAAGUGCGUUUAAAAAAAAAAAAAAUAAGUUACGCGAUAUAUAUUUGGAUAUUUUUGUAAAGGAGGAGGAAUUCGUCAGGGCUUUCGAUCGUCACGAGACGAACUUUUUGUUGUAAAGACGAUGAGAAAAAAAGAGAAAGAAAGAGAGAGAGAGAGAGAGAGAGAGAGAGAGAGAGAGAGAUUUGCCUUCAGAAUUCGUUCGUUUAUUUUUUACUUCGAGACUUUUAUUCUCGAUUUACUUUUCAUUUUCUGAUUUAUCGGACUGAAGAGAAUCUUUAUCUAUCGGAUUUUGUCGUAGUUUGAUAUUAUAGCAUUUGAGGUUUUUUUUUUUUUUUUACCAUUAACGCUUUUAUCCGUUCUCUUCUACGUUUUCGUUUAAUCGAUUCGGUCGAAAGAGUAGUGAGAGUAGAGAAAAUGGAGAAAAGUGGUGUGUUUCUUCUAUUCAUUUUUUUACCGGAAAGAUAGGACGGUCGAAUUAAUUGAUAAGAAAUUCUAACGAUAACGUCCAGAGAGAGAGAGCCAACUUUUCCCUCACGAAUUAUCUUUAUCUGUCCAAAAGGAAGCAAAUCUCUGUAAGAAAAAAAAAUUUGAAAAUUAUUUAUCGUAGUUUUAACGACUUCAAUAGUAAUCGAAUUAAUUUUACGUUAGAGAAUAUCGAUGGUUAGCUUCUUUAAUGGUGCCUUAAAUGAGUGCCUCGUCGAUAAAUAAAUGAACGAUGAACGAGUAUUUGAUUUAAAAAAAAAAAAAAAAAAAAAAAAAAUAAUGGAGUGUGAUAGGAAGAGAGAGUGAGCGGGAGAGAAUGAAAGAGAUAUCAUCAAUUUCGUGGUAUAUAUAUAUAUAUAUAUACACACAUAUAUAUUUACAUUGUUCUUUCCCAUAAAAAAAAA